AUGGCAACAACUAGCUCAUACUACGAUGACUACGAAACCACAUACAGUUACAACGACGAUUAUGAAGAUGAAGUGUGCAACAAAGCAAACGUCAUACAGUUUGGAGCGCUGUCCACUACAGUGUUCUUCUCCAUCGUGGUCAUCCUGAGUCUGUUUGGCAACGUCCUGGUCAUCGUGAUUCUGGCAAAGUACGAGAAUCUCAAAUCACUCACCAACGCUUUCAUCCUGAACCUGGCUGUGUCAGAUCUCUUCUUCACUGCCGGUCUGCCCUUCUGGGCCUACUCCCACGUGCAUGGAUGGGAUUUAGGGGAACCUGCAUGCAAAAUAGUCAACUUUGUCUUCUACGCUGGCUUCUACAGCAGCGGCAUCCUCCUGAUCCUGAUGACUCUGCACCGUUAUGUGGCUGUGAUGAAUCCUCUGUCUGACAUUGUGUCCGCCACAGGCACCUCCACCAUCGUGGCGUGUGUGAUCAUUUGGGCGGUGAGCAUUUUGGUCGCCAGUCCAGCCUUCAUCUUCACCAAAGUGGACAAAGAUCAAUGUGUAACUGCAAAUUCUUACUGGACCAUAUGGGGAAUCUACCAGCAAAAUGUUCUCUUCAUAGUGAGUUCAGUGGUGUUCAUAUUUUGCUAUUCUCAGAUCAUGUGCAGGUUGCUGCGUCCCACUCCCCAAAGAAGAAAGAGCAAAACCAUAAAGCUAAUUUUUACCCUCAUGGUAGUUUUCUUUGUGGGCUGGGGACCUUAUAAUGCAGUCAUAUUUAUGAAGUCAUGGUCUUACAUGCCCCAACCAGCUGCUGACUCCAAGACUCUGUCCUUGAUGUGUAAGGCCUCACAACCGCUGGAUUACGCCUAUUACAUUAGCCGACUCUUUGCCUUUUCACACUGCUGCCUCAACCCUGUGUUUUAUGUGUUUGUGGGGGUGAAAUUCAAGACCCACUUAAAAAAAAUGCUAAAAGGCCAAAGCAACAGCGGCAUCCGUAACAGGUUGAGCCGACUCACUAUCACUUCGCUAACAAGUGGCGAAGAGUUCUCGAUGUAACUGAUAAAAGAAGACGGAAGUGAAACAAGAACUUCCUCAUUCAAAUCCAGAGGAGAGAAAGCCUAAUUCAAAGUCCCAUUGACAUUUGCAAUUAAACAAAUAAAUACAAAUUAAAGUAAUUCUAGUCAUACAAUUUAUUUUGCUAGCAUGGGCUAGCAUGCUAAUGAUAGACCAUGAUACUUAAUAAUGGUUAAUCACCAAUGAAACAAGAUACAAACAAACUUUAUCUAUUCACUUUUAAAUCAACUGAAUUGACAGCAGAAGUUUAAACAUUCAUUAUUCUGACGGAUUUAUUAGAUUUCCAACAAAAGCUUAUAUGCAACAUGGUUCUUAUAAUAUUCUAUGAUGAUUCAUAUAAUAUUCAGAAUUUCUUGUUUAGAUUUAGGCACCAAAACUUAAGUUUGGGCAACAAAAGCACUUGUUAAAAGUCAGGAAAACAGAGCAGGGUUAGGCUUAAAAAUAACUACUUCCAUGCAGAACUACUGGAAGCUGCAUGGAAUAGCUGCAUUUCCAUCAACAAAUUUGCAUUAGAAAAGCUUGAUGGAACAACAAAAUUCUUUAAAACUUUCGCAAAUGUGCAUAAAAGUUUUUACGUUCGCUUGAGGUGCUUUUUGUCUUUUUCAAAAAAUAGUUAAUGCGCUUAACGGGAGAUGGAAACGCUUUUUCCUAAUAAUUUCUGACAUAGCCAUUAUUUACUGUAACUCACCUGACUAAUCAGCUGUUUCUGCUCUGCCAAAAGAAGAAGAAGAAGAAGUUGUUUCUGCUGUGGUUUGUUUAUUCGCUCUAAACCAGUUGAUGGAAACGUCAAUAAUUCAUAUUUUUCUUUAAUGAGACAUUGUGCUUAAAAUUCACUUCGUAGGUCAAAGCUCUGGUUUCGAAACCAAUCAUGAAAACAGCCUGCAACAUUGAAUGUAGUUUAGAUAAAGUUGCCAGCAAUGGUGAUUUUUGCAACCAUUUUGUUGACACUUCCUUUUCCUUGAUGUUCUUCUCAUCAAUUAAAACGUUUUAAAGUUGUGAAACUACAAUUACUUCCUUAAUAGAUAACAGAAAACCGUGGGGCUACUUUUUUAGGAACAUGAAAUACUGAAUAUCUAAUCAGUUAAUCAUGUCGCAAUACAUACAUUUGAAUAUAGUCAAGAGGUUCAGCCACUGUUCAGACAUCAAAAUGAGGAAGAAAUGUGAUAAACGUGACUUUCUCAAAUACUCAAACCGACCUGCUUCACCUCAAGAUUCACUCCACGAUGACACUGCACAUCUCUUUCUUUCGAAUGCAGAGAAAAGCGCAAACAACAAAAUCAUCCAGUGACCAGCAGCUCUGUAGGCAAAAAAAUGUAGACUGGUCUCACCAACCAUCAGUCAUGCUGAUAUUUAGAUGUUGAGGUCAGAAUUUGGCAUAAACAACAUAAAAUGGGCCGUCCUGCCAUUUAU